AUGCCAAAGGGGAUCAACACGACGAAAGCGUCGGGCGACAACCCGAACCGCAAGAUCCCGAAGCGGCAGAAGGCGGCCAACAUGCGCGACAAGAGCACGAUCAAGCGCCUCAACAUGUACCGCAACAGUGGCCCCAUCCGCAACAAGGCGGGAAAGGUCGUGGGCGGGAGUCUCAUGAUGAAGAACAAGGUGGGCGGACAAGAGAUCACGAGCGCCAGUGGCCGCGUGCAGCCGGACCGUCGCUGGUUUGGCAACACGCGCGUCGUGGGGCAGAAAGAGCUGGACAAGUUUCGCAAUGAAAUGUCGCUGAAGGCGGCCGACCCGUACUCUGUCGUGCUGCGGACGCGGAAACUGCCCAUGGGGCUCUUGCAAGAGAGCGACAAGACGUCGCGCAUGAAGCUCUUGGAGACGGAGAGCUACGACGACGUGUUUAACGGGAAACGUGGUCGCAAGCGGGCAAAAGUGGCCGCGACGGAUUACGCGUCGCUGCUCUCGCGCGCACAAGAGAGUGCAGAGAAGUACGAGACGAAAGGGAACGACCGUAACAUUGUGGUCGAGCAGGAGUUCAAGGACGAGGUCUCCCACGACGUGUUCAACAAGGGCCAGUCCAAGCGUAUUUGGGGCGAGCUGUACAAAGUGCUCGACUGCUCGGACGUGGUGAUUCAGGUGCUGGAUGCACGAAACGUGCCUGGCACGCGCUGUGAACACGUGGAAAAACACAUUCGCAAGAACGCGUCGCACAAACACUUGAUCUUUGUCAUCAACAAGUGCGAUCUGGUGCCGAACUGGGUCACCAAGCGAUGGGUGCAGAAGCUCAGCGAGACGACGCCGACGCUGGCUUUCCACGCCUCUAUGAGUAAUCCGUUCGGCAAGGGGGCGCUGAUCAAUCUGCUGCGCCAGUUUGCCAAGCUGCAUCAGGAGAAGAAGCAGAUCUCGGUCGGCUUGAUUGGUUACCCGAACGUGGGCAAAAGCUCGGUCAUCAAUGCGCUGCGCAAGAAGAAGGUGUGCAAGGUAGCCCCGAUCCCAGGCGAGACCAAGGUGUGGCAGUACAUUACGCUCAUGCGUCGCAUCUUUCUCAUUGACUGUCCCGGUAUCGUGUACGACACGGGCGACGACGAGAUUGAGACGGUGCUCAAAGGCGUCGUCCGUGCUGAGCGUCUGCCCCAGCCGACGGACUUUAUCCUCACUAUCUUGCAGCGGGUCAAGAAGGCGUUUCUCGUCAAGGUGUACGGCAUUGAGGAAUGGAAAGACGAGUGGGACUUUCUCGAGAAACUCGCCAACAAGUGUGGCAAGUUGCUUCCGAAGGGCGAGCCCGACUACAACAACGUUGCUGUGCACAUGAUCAACGACUACCAGCGUGGCAAGCUGCCGUGGUUCAUUGCUCCGCCCAUGCGUGCCGAAGAGCUUGCUGCGCUGGAGCAAAAGGGCGACGACGUGCCGCUCAACGAGGCGGAAGCUGACGAAGAAGAUGAGUCUAUGGCGCUGGAUGAUGGAGAGGUAGACGGAGAGAGCGAGGAAAAGGUGGAGGAAGGCACAGACGCCCAGUAG